GCUUUGACAGUUCAACAAAAACUGGCAACACUUCCAAACUGCCAUCAAUGUCUGAUGUGAUGUUUGACGAACCAAAACAAACGUGUUGGAAUAUUGCCGGUAGCAGGGGAAACAUUUUAGUGGAUAGGAAUUUAUUUCAUCACCAUGCCGAAGCUAGCUGAGCUUGCAGGGGACGAGAACUCUGGGGAAAGUUCGCGCACGUUUGUGUUCGAAGACGAGGGCCAUACGCUGGGAAAUGUGCUCAAGAGUAUCAUCUGCAAAUACCCGGACGUGAAUUUUUGUGGAUACACCGUUCCCCACCCGGCGGAAAAUAAAAUGCACUUUCGGAUACAGGCCGUCGGUAAAGUGCGCGCGAUCGACGUUUUGCGUCGUGGGUUAGCGGACUUGGAACGCGUAUGUGAUCACACGAUAGAAACGUUUGAGAAGGCGGUAGCAGAGUACAAUGAAAAUGUUUAAAUAAAUCGUUAAAUCAAUCAAUUCAUAUAAUAAAGACACGCGGGCA